CAAGCUGUGGGUGGCGUGCGACGCGCGCUCGAGCUACGCGUGGCGCGUGCAAGCCUACGCGGGCAAACACGACACCGGCGUCGAACGGAACCUGUCGGAGCGCGUGGUCAUGGACCUGACCGAGGGUCUGAGCGCGGGCACCCUCGUGACCACCGACAACUUUUUCACCUCGCCGCGGCUGGCCGAGAGGCUGGCCGGCGAACGCGGCGUSUACCUGCUGGGCACGAUGCGAGCCAACCGCGCCCCGAGAGACCUGCCGCGAGCGCUGCUGCUGAACGCCGACGCGACCCGCUACGCCUUCAAGCGCGACGUCUGCGUCGUGUCGUACGCGCGCCGAGGCGCCAAAAAGAAGAACGUGCUGCUGCUGACGAGCGCGCCCGAGCUGAUGAGGACCGACCACGACGACGACGACAAGCCGCUCGCGCUGCGGCGCUACAACGCUACCAAGGGCGGCGUCGACAACCUCGACAAGGUCACGGCCGCGUACAGCGUGCGCAGGAGAACGCUCCGGUGGCCCAUGGCGCUCUUCCACAACAUCCUCGACGUGUCCGCGUACAACGCGUUCGUGGUGUGGCGCGAACUGCGACCCGACUGGCUGCCGGGCAAACGCGACCGUCGCAGACGGUUCAUGGAACAGCUGGGGCUGGAGCUGACGGAGGCCGCGCGGGGCGGACGAGAA